GUCUCAUCCAUCUGGGCAUCCUCUGGCGCCCGACCCUAGAAUUUCAUCUCACCUUACUUUUCGUUGUCUUCGCCGUCUCACACCGACAAACCGACCUAGUAGACUGCCCAGUUGUAGUUAUGUACUGAGAGAGCACUGCGAAAAUGAGCGCAUAGGCGAGACCACUUUCCGAAAUAUACCACCACGCCAGCCAUCUUUCUUCUGUUCCACCUUCAACAGCUAUGGCACCUGAACGACACACCCAGGACAGUACUAGUAGUCGGUCCCGGCACUCAAACCGCAGCCGGCGGGAUCGAGACGACGCCUCCUCGGUCGACAGCGGCUAUGGGGGAUCUGCAGCAAAUUCGCCCAAGGACACACACGACGUGCAGAAAGAUGCGUUAAGGGACUAUCACACCGAAUCAGCCAAGCAUCACGCGGAAUCAGGCAGGCGAUCAAGCCGGUCCGAUGAGUCCAAAGCGGCAGAUUCGAAGGCAGGAGGAAGAGAGGAGAGGGACUCGGACAGCGACUCGGACUACGACCCCAGGGACAAGUACUACCUCAAGGUCGACGACGACGAGUACAACAACAUGACUUCGGCCGCAGUCGACCCCGCCAAGGACGAGCGAGAGCGCCAUGUCUCGGACCGGGACAGGAGAGACGACUCGGACCGACGGAAACCAGACACUUCCGAAGGACACGGAAGUGAGCGACGGCGGGCCCGGAGUAACGCAUCGGAGCGAGACAGGAGGGAACGACGCGACAGGCGCGAGAGCGAUGCAUCCAGCUCGUCGAGGCGGAGUGAGCGCGACAGGGACCGGGAUCGCGACCGCGACCGCGAGCGCGACCGCCACAACUCGGUGAUCGCGCGGCGGCAGUCGCUAACAUCCGACGGCAGCGACUCGGGCGAGCGGCGCAACAGGCGCCACUCCUCCUCCAGGCACUCGGACACGUCGAGCACGCGGUCAGACAGCCGGGACCGCAAGCAGCUGCGGCGCCGCUCCGACGCCUCGACGGCGUCUCACUCGCGCCACGACUCCAACCACCGCUCCCUGUCUCCCAUCCCCUCCGACUCGUGGGACGAGUCUGACGAGCCCCCCCGCCGGCUGCCCGACAGCCGGUCGUCGCGGGCGCGCUCCGAGGCAGGCUCCGGGAAGAGGACGAGCCCCGACGACAACUCGAAGAGGGCCAGCAGGAGCAGGGGCCGCGACGCGUCGGCGCGCUACAUCGACCCGGACGGCGAGGCGGCCAAGUCGUUCCUGGACAAGAUCACCAAGGGCGUCGACAUGAAGUCUGUCGGCAAGGUGGGGCUCGACGCUGCCGCGGUGGCGGCCAUCAAGAUCGCGGUGGGCACGCAGGUGCCCUGGAAGCAGCGGAUCCCGCGGACCAUCACCGUCGGCGCCGCGGCGGCCAUCAUGGACUUUGUCGUCAAGAAGACCAACUUCAAGCCCAAGGGCAUGAUCGGGACCAUCUACGCGCGGCAGUUUGUCGAGAUCGUGCUGGCCAACCUGAUCGUCAACCCGGUCAGCAGCAGGGUCACCGGUGCGGCGCAGAAUGCCAAGGGGAAGGCGGCUGCUGGGAAGCCUGGUGCCGGCGGCGGGAGGAGAUGAGAGGUUUGAGGGGAGCAACGGACUGCGUUUCGUUCCUUACCAGCGUUGGGAAAAUUGCAAGGUAGAAUGUACCAUACUAAUGUACUGUAUCACGACACGAAAGGAUACCCAGGGGCGCAGAGUUUCAUUGAUGAAGCGAUUCUUUUGUUUACAUUGUAUCAUAUUUCAAUAUCGAGACAGAUUAUGACACAGAAUGGUAAAGGAAAACCUUUCUCAACA